AGAAAGUUAUUGGAGAAGGUGGAUUCGGGAAGGUGUACAAAGGAGUGCUCUCUGACUCUAAGGGGCAAACCAUGGUUGCUUUUAAGCGUUUGGAUAGCAACUGUGGGCAGGGAAACCCUGAGUUCUUCAAAGAGAUCUUGAUGCUUUCCCGUUACACACAUGAAAACCUCAUCUCUCUCCUGGGAUUUUGCGAUGGGGAUGGUGAGAAGAUACUUGCGUAUGAGUAUGCAUCUCAUGGAAGCCUUGAUCGCCACUUGAGUAGCAUGACUCUCACGUGGACACAACGUCUCAAGAUAUGCCUUGGGGCUGCAAGGGGGUUGUGCUACCUUCAUGAUCCCAAGGAGACACGAGAAAGAGUUAUCCACAGAGAUAUUAAAAGUUCCAACAUUCUGUUAGAUGAGAAUUGGAAUGUUAAAGUUUCAGACAUGGGACUCUCGAAAAUAGGACCCGCUAAUCAGCUGCAAUCCUUUCUUGCCACAAAUGUUGUCGGUACCUUUUUUUACAUAGAUCCGAUGUAUAUGGAGACAAGUAUCCUAACCAAAGAGUCAGACGUAUACUCUUUUGGGGUGGUCUUGUUUGAAGUGCUGUGUGGGAGCCUAUGCUAUGAAACUAAGACUAAUCAUCAUCCUCAAAGUUUAGUGCGAUGGUGGAAAAAGUGCUACAAGGAGAAGAAAAUGGAGGAGAUCAUCUUUCAUCAUUUGAAGCAAGACAUGGAUUUGAGGUCAUUAGAAACAUUUUCAGAAAUCGCCUAUCGAUGUUUGCAGAAAUCGCGUUCAGAACGGCCAAAGAUGUCUUACGUUGUGGAAAAACUUGAGGCUGCGCUUGGAUUUCAGCAGGAGAUUUCUAAAAAAGAGAAGCUUUUUCAGGAGGGGAUCUCUAAAUUCGUGGAGUUUAAAGAGAUGGUUAACACUGUGGUCAACAUAGAGGAACUAGAGAUGCUUCUCUCCAAAGGAAUCAUCAUUAACGAGGGCAAAACGUGGUUCUCCUUAAAUAAGAAUGGGGAACACAUUGAAAUGAUAUCAGCAGAAUGUUUCGAACAUACGGCGGCUUUUAAUUGGGAUUAUGAUCCAUAUGGUCGUGAAACUAAAUCAAGAUUUGAAGGGCGCAAGCGAAGAGGAUCGUAUGGGGCAUUCAAAACACACGUGAGAACACAAUUAUUGUCGCCAUAUAUCACCUACAGGGUAAACCUUGUCUUCAAGUUUAGAGGCAAAAGGAGGGACUUUUUAGGCCUGUGGUACAAGUUGGCUGGGGAGACAAGAUUUUCGAACUCGUUUGUAGCACAAGAGAGAGGAGAUGGAUGGUUAAUGGUUGAAUUUUGUCAGUUUAUCAGCAACACGGAAAAUGUUGAUCUUCAAGUCAAGUUCUAUUGCGUAACUGCAAUUGAAGUAGAAGGCAUAGAGUUUCAGCCCCUGGAGAGGGUGGAGCAUGAAAAACUGUUAGAGGAUGAGAAGGAGGACAUGGACAUGCAAACCAUAUCACAUCCAGACACAUACUGGGAACAAAAAUUGCCAAAUGACUGGAAAGAGAUACUUAAGUUGUCAAAGUACCAUAGCCUCCGACUCAAAACCAAGAAGGAACUCUACUCUAUUCUUUGCAAAGGGUUUGCAAUCAACAAUGAUAAAGAGUGGUUUUUUCUUGCAAAAAAUGGGAAGAAAUGUCAUAUGCCAUCAGCAGAACUGUUCUUAAGAUAUGCAGAUAAGCAUUUGGAGUCGCGAUCUUUACCCAACUUAAGAUUAAGUGAAACAACUUUUGAUCAUGUUGACCUCUUUUGGAUAGAAUGCAGAUCCAAUAUGCUAUCACCUGAAACAACAUACGCAGCUUACCUUGUUUACAAAUUACAAGAAAACCAUUUUCGUUUUGAACCUCCUGUGAAAGUGUAUAUGCCAUUAACUUCCAGUGUGACUGAUCCAUGGUAUAUCUAUUUACUUAGUCAUCAAGCUCCACUUAUUAGGGAUAAGGUUUAUCAAAAGAAACGCCUUCCACAGCAAAGGAGCGAUGGUUGGAUGGAAGUUCAAGUAUAUGAAUUUCAAACUCACACUACCACCACUGCAAGGAUUACGAUACAUUUUGAAUCGAUGCUAUCUGAUAACAGGUCAUUUAAAGGGCUCACUCUGCAAGGCAUUGAGUUUAAACCCAUAUAGCUUCUGUUUUUAUGAUUGGAAAUGAAUUAAUUAUAACAGGUUCUCUUAUCUAUCAAUGAAUAGAUAAAUUGGUUUACUUUUUGUUGAAUUCAUAUAUAAAUAUAGGGUAAAUAGGUAAAGGAUUUGCUUUUCUUUUUUUUAUAGACCAAUAAUUGUUGCAAUUCCAAAUGGAGUUGGUCUUACGAAAUUCUUUGUAAUAGAUGAAUUGGGUUUACUUUUUGUUGAAUUCAUAUAUACAACAUAUAGGAUAAAUAGGUAAAAGUUCAUUUAAUAACAUGAGUUUUUUUGUGAGA